UGCAACCGAGCAACAGGUAAACACGGAAGUAACGCAGUUGCUGCCAACAAAAUUAAACAUUUUUGAUAAUUUGACCGUUAUAACAUCUAUUUAAUGCCAUGCUUUUGUCCAUAAAUACACAAAUAUUUAACUUAUUUAGUGAGGUCGUUAUUGAGCGUUAAAGUUUACAGGACAAUGUAUAAUAAACCGUCUGGAUAUCAGUCUCUACCGCAACGAGACUCGAUCCCGGCCAAACCGGGGUUGUUCGUGGCGACAGAAAGCUUUGUCCAAUCUCCAUUCCACCAUCACAAAGGACAAGGACAUUCGUUUGACUACAUCCCCAAUGUUAGAGACAACGACUACAGUGACUCCACUCAGGGAUGGCUGUCCUGGAUCUGCAAUGUUAUUGUCUGCUUCAUGGUCUAUAUCUGCACCUUCAUAACCUUCCCCAUAUCAGGCUGGUUCGUACUGAAGGUUGUCCCUAACUACCAGCGCAUCGUAGUGUUCCGUCUGGGCAGAGUACGUCCUCCUAAAGGGCCAGGAGUGGUGUUGGUUCUGCCUCUUAUUGACCAGUGGCAGAGAGUUGACCUACGAACCCGGGCCUUCAACAUCCCUCCAUGCCAGGUUACUACCAGGGACGGAGGUGUGGUGUCUGUAGGAGCAGAUAUCCAGUUCCGUAUCUGGAGCCCGGUGAUGUCAGUGGUGUCGGUUCAGGAUCUUAACGCCUCCACACGCCUCACUGCCCACAACGCCAUGACAACCAGCCUGGGCAGGAAGAGCGUCAGGGAGAUUCAGACUGAGCGAAUCAAACUGGGAGAAUACCUUGGGAUGGACAUCAAUGAGAUGACCAAGCCUUGGGGUCUGGAGGUAGACAGGGUAGAGCUGACUGUAGGUGCUGUCCUGAAGCCCCCAGAGGACUAUCCAUCUGGGCCUGGCUCGGUCAUCCUACCCCCCUCUAUUCCUGGUCUUGAGGGCCUGGCCGGACCCAUACAACAACUGGCGAUGCACUUCCUGGGCAAUAUGGCUGGCGGUAACACUGGAGCUCCCCUGGUUAGGACAGAGGACAGCAUCAGCUUCACAGACGAGGUGAGCAGUGCUCCCCUGGCUAUAAGUCGUACCGGAGCCGGGGAUGAAGCUGUAACCAGGCCCAUGUCAGUGCUGAAACUGAUGGAGGGCCUUCUCCUCUCAGAGUCUCUGGUCAGUCAGGUGGGAGCCUGCUUCCUGUUCCUCCUCCAAUCACCUGAUGGACAACAGACAAGCUAUUACUUAGACCUCAGCCAAGGUAGUGGUUCAGCCGGACCAGGUCCCCCUCCAGAGGGCCAGGUACCAGACGUCACCCUCAGUAUGACGGACCAGGACCUGCAGGCUAUGUUCGAGGGAACCCUACGACCCUUCGCAGCCUACACCACUGGACGACUCAAGGUCCAGGGAGACCUGAAGACUGCCAUGAAGCUGGAGGAAGUCAUCAAGCUACUCAGGCCUUAACCACUGGCUUCAGACCUGCCUUUAUGUAAAUACCAGGUCCUAGAAAUACAUGGUUCUGACCUUAACCACUGGCUUCAGACCUGCCUUUAUAUAAAUACCAGGUCCUAGAAAUACAUGGUUCUGACCUUAACCACUGGCUUCAGACCUGCCUUUAUAUAAAUACCAGGUCCUAGAAAUACAUGGUUCUGACCUUAACCACUGGCUUCAGACCUGCCUUUAUAUAAAUACCAGGUCCUAGAAAUACAUGGUUCUGACCUUAACCACUGGCUUCAGACCUGCCUUUAUAUAAAUACCGGGUCGUAGAAAUACAUGGUUCUGACCUUAACCACUGGCUUCAGACCUGCCUUUAUAUAAAUACCAGGUCCUAGAAAUACAUGGUUCUGACCUUAACCACUGGCUUCAGACCUGCCUUUAUAUAAAUACCGGGUCGUAGAAAUACAUGGUUCUGACCUUAACCACUGGCUUCAGACCUGCCUUUAUAUAAAUACCAGGUCCUAGAAAUACAUGGUUCUGACCUUAACCACUGGCUUCAGACCUGCCUUUAUAUAAAUACCGGGUCGUAGAAAUACAUGGUUCUGACCUUAACCACUGGCUUCAGACCUGCCUUUAUAUAAAUACCAGGUCCUAGAAAUACAUGGUUCUGACCUUAACCACUGGCUUCAGACCUGCCUUUAUAUAAAUACCGGGUCGUAGAAAUACAUGGUUCUGACCUUAACCACUGGCUUCAGACCUGCCUUUAUAUAAAUACCAGGUCCUAGAAAUACAUGGUUCUGACCUUAACCACUGGCUUCAGACCUGCCUUUAUAUAAAUACCAGGUCCUAGAAAUACAUGGUUCUGACCUUAACCACUGGCUUCAGACCUGCCUUUAUAUAAAUACCAGGUCCUAGAAAUACAUGGUUCUGACCUUAACCACUGGCUUCAGACCUGCCUUUAUAUAAAUACCAGGUCCUAGAAAUACAUGGUUCUGACCUUAACCACUGGCUUCAGACCUGCCUUUAUAUAAAUACCAGGUCCUAGAAAUACAUGGUUCUGACCUUAACCACUGGCUUCAGACCUGCCUUUAUAUAAAUACCAGGUCCUAGAAAUACAUGGUUCUGACCUUAACCACUGGCUUCAGACCUGCCUUUAUAUAAAUACCAGGUCCUAGAAAUACAUGGUUCUGACCUUAACCACUGGCUUCAGACCUGCCUUUAUAUAAAUACCGGGUCGUAGAAAUACAUGGUUCUGACCUUAACCACUGGCUUCAGACCUGCCUUUAUAUAAAUACCAGGUCCUAGAAAUACAUGGUUCUGACCUUAACCACUGGCUUCAGACCUGCCUUUAUAUAAAUACCAGGUCCA